AUGCUUCACAUGCAUCAUCAGAGGAUUUUUGAGGAAGGAGUGACUGUAGUAGUCACUAAUCCUUUGUACUUAGCUCCCGACGACACAAGUGGAAUAUCCUUGAUCUCAUUUCAGCUAACCGGCACUAACAAUUACUCUCUAUGGCAUAGAUCUAUGCGAAUUGCAUUACUUGGUCGAAAUAAGCUGGGGAUUGUUGAUGGCAGGUGGCCUAAGGAGCUGUUUCGUGAGAAGUACUGGUAUCAAUGGGAGAGGUGCAAUGCAAUCGUCUUGUCAUGGUUGAUGAAUGGGAUCGCAUACGCUACUAGUGCACAGGUAGUAUGGAUGGAUCUGCAGGAACAUUUUGACAAGGUGAACGAUACACAUUGCUAUAAUUUGCACAAAGAAAUUGCCACUCUAAAUCCAGGUACUGCGUCUAUUUCUGUUUACUACUCAAAGCUCAAAGACCUUUGGGAUGAAACUGAGUCUGUAGUACCUACUCCUGGCUGUGAUUGUGUUAAGACAAAAGAAUUUAUUGUGCAUUUACGUAAGCAGAAGGUGUAUCAAUUUUUAAUGGGCCUAAAUGACUCUUAUUCUCAAGCACGUAGUCAAAUCCUUAUGAUGAAACCAUUACCAACAGUAAAUCAAGCGUAUGCUAUGCUUAUGAGUGAUGAAAGUCUGAGAUCUAUUGCAGCCAAUGCUAGAGUAUUAGGAUCUACUCCUAAUGUAAACACAAGUGCCUAUGACUCUACUGCUCUGUACAAUGCUAAUCCUAGUUUCAACCCAAAGUUUAGGAAAAAUUAUAUGUCCAAUGUGACUUCUGUAAAAUAA